CCUCUGAGCUUGUCUGGCCAUGAACAUAGGUCACAUUUUCAGAGUUCUUUAUUGAUUGUAAAGCAGCACUUUACAUAACAAAUCCAUUUUCAAUUAGCUCAGUGCUUUUUAGUUAUUGAAUAUAUAUAUAUAUAUAUAAUGCAGUGAGUUUCGAAAUGAUUUAAACACUUUUUAGCCAUGGGCUAUUUCUUAAAAGUGUGCAGGUUUGUCUGGAAUGUAACUGGACCUGAUAGUCCACUCCAGCUUCCAUGUUUCGAUCCUGCUUGUUCUUGUCUUGCUUGUGUUAUUUGCCUCAGGUGUUGAGCGUGGUUGGUUAAAAUUACUUUGCUUUUGGAUUUGAGUUGUUUAGUUUUAACUAUAACCCAUUUUUGAAGCAAAAUAUGCGAUUCUGUGUUUUGAAUUGUUUGUUAACCUAACCUAGAAAAGAAAAUUGCCAUUUCACACCCAUGUGCUUUUGUUUGUGAUGAAAGGAUAUGUUAAAUGACAGCCCAAGUCAGACUGACGCUGUCUUGUAUAUUUAUUCAUGUGAGUGGUUCUAUGUUUGUGAACAUCUGUUGCCUGUGUUCAUUUGAGUUCAAGGAUACCGAACCUCUGGCUUUGUAUAUUUCCCGAAAUACAAUUAAAACAAGACUCUGAUUGGUCAAGGGGCGGAGCUUACUGUCUGCGCGAGCGCUCAUUGGCUGAACGUUCUGUCACUCAGGAGCACCACGGGGUUUUAUUUUUAGACCCCAGUGAGGCGCAACAGCGACUGAAUGAAGUUCAGCGGAUGCGAGGAAUUUUGCGCCCGCGCGGAUUCACAUUAAACUCUUUCCUCGCGUCGCCAAUACAUGGAGCCUGUUCCAAGCGACUGGAUAAUCGUGACUCGCUGCUUUGGCUGUAUGUCGGCUGAGUUUGAAGUGUGUUACGUGGAGUAACAGGUUUAAUAAGGCGCGCUAGUUUGAACAUUUCAUCAUGAUACAAACCUACAGUUAACUACAUUCGUCCCCAAACUGUCAUCGCAGGAUACCUGUGGAUUGUUGGAGAACAUGCAGACUUCAUGAGUGGGUUGACAGUGCGUGUCUUUAGAGUUUAAUAUACAGCACAGUCAAUAUAGGGCACAUUCAAGUCACUGUAAACGCGGCUCGACCUGCUUUGCUUUGGAAAUGUCGGCGAUAUCUGCGUCCGAGAAAGUGGACGGAUUCACGCGGAAGUCUGUGAGGAAGGCUGUGAGGCAGAGGGUUUGUCAGAGCUCGUCUCAGUUCGCGGCGAACAGCAGCAGGCCUGCGACUCCGGAGAUCUCUGCGCUCCCGCAGCUCAAAGAUGCAUCUUCCACAGAGCAGCAUGAGCUGUUCAUGCAGAAACUACACCAGUGCUGUGUAAUGUUCGACUUCUAUGACACAGUGACUGACCUGAAGAGCAAAGAGACCAAACGGGCCACUCUCAGUGAACUGGUGGAUUAUGUGUCCACUAACAGAGGUGUUCUGGUGGAGCCUGUCUACCCUGAGAUCACCACAAUGGUUAGCACAAACAUUUUCAGAACGCUUCCACCCAGUGAAAACCCUGACUUUGACCCAGAGGAAGAUGAACCCACUCUAGAAGCCUCCUGGCCACACAUGCAGUUGGUGUAUGAGUUUUUCCUUCGAUUCCUAGAAAAUCCCGACUUCCAGCCAAAUACUGCCAAACGCUACAUUGACCAGAAGUUUGUGCUACAGCUCUUACAACUGUUUGACAGUGAAGAUCCUCGUGAGAGAGAGUUUUUAAAAACGGUUCUGCACCGCAUCUACGGGAAGUUUCUGGGUUUGCGUGCCUGUGUUCGGAAACAGAUCAACAACAUUUUUCUGAGAUACAUCUAUGAAACUGAACACUUUAAUGGAGUUGCUGAACUCCUUGAGAUUCUGGGCAGUAUCAUCAAUGGCUUUGCUCUGCCGCUGAAGGCUGAACACAAGCAGUUCCUCAUGAAGAUCCUCAUUCCCCUGCACACUGCCAAAGGACUCGCGCUGUUCCACGCACAGCUGGCCUACUGUGUGGUUCAGUUCAUAGAAAAGGACCCGACCCUCACUGAAGUGGUGGUUCGUGGUCUUCUUAAAUUUUGGCCCAAGACGUGCAGUCAGAAAGAGGUCAUGUUUCUAGGGGAAAUUGAAGAGAUCCUGGACGUUAUUGAACCCACGCAGUUCAAGAAGAUUCAGGAGCCUUUAUUUAAGCAAAUCUCUAAAUGUGUAGCCAGCCCUCAUUUUCAGGUAGCAGAAAGAGCACUGUACUUCUGGAACAAUGAAUACAUUCUGAGUCUAAUUGAGGAGAAUAAUGCCAAAAUCCUUCCCAUCAUGUUUGGAAAUUUGUACCGGAUCUCCAAAGAACACUGGAACCCGACGAUCGUGGCCCUGGUGUACAAUGUAUUAAAAACACUGAUGGAGAUGAAUGGCACACUGUUCGAUGAACUGACGGCCUCAUACAAAGCUGACAGACAACGAGAGAAGAAGAAAGAGCAGGAACGGGAGGAACUGUGGAGGAAGCUGGAUGAACUCAGACUUCAGGAGAGAAUAGCCAUCCAGAAUAACAGGCAUGACAUCCAGUUCACUUUCAACAAUAACAACAACAACCUUCAGGAUAAGAAUGAGAACACAGCAGCAGCCGUCACAGACAGAAUUGAGAGUGACUCCUGGGCCAAAUGACUCUGUCCUCUUUUUUCUUUACUCUGUAUGUUGCUGGUUUACAGAUGUAAACCAAUGAAGAGAGCAGUAAGGAUAUGGACCUUCAGCAAUAAUCAUUUUAAAUCAUUUUUUUUUUUCUUUUCCAAAAGCCUAUGUAAAACAAAAUCAAAAUGCUAUUUUCUCCUGCUAAAGGAUAAUAUAUUUUCUGUAUGUAAGUCUAUUUUGGAUGUAAAGUGUGGUUAUAGUAAAUUAUACAUUUUUGUCUAAUCAGAGAUGUAAGAUUUUCACCUGCAUUGCAAGAAAUAAUUUUCUGAAAGUGCGUUCAUGUUUACCGCCGUUCAGCAGGUUUUCACAAGUGAAAUUCUGAAAUUUCAAUAGAAACCCAAGCGUUUAAGAAUUUUGUAUUAGGAUGAAAGAUUUGAUAGGCUAGCAGAUUUCGCAGUGGGUUCAAGUUGGUCAUGUGGAUUCUCCAUGCUGACCAAUAGAAAGCUGCUUGUUUUGAAAAUGUCUGAUGUGUGAGAGUUCACUAAUGUGACUGCAGUUUUAAUCAGUACUUCUGCCUUUUUUUUUUCACCUGAAAUUGUUUAAAAUAUUGAAAUACGUAAACACAUACAUGUACAAUAGAAUGACAAAUAAUAAUGAUAGUUUAAGAUGAUACAUCUUGUUAUAUGGGAAUUAAUUUAUUUUUCUUAAGAUAUAUUCUCUAAGAACUAUUCUUUUACAAUUUGGCUUCUGAAGUUUUUACUGGAAAAUAAGACAAAAAUACUGACAAAAGAAAGAUUUUUGGCUCUGAAGGCUAUAUUUAGAGACAUAUGAGCAAGCUUUGACAAUUAAAUGUCUGCUUAAAAAAAGGAAACACUACCAUGAAUCUUGAGUUUGAAAUAUAUUUUACCAUAAAUGUGACCUGAGCUGAAUAUUAAGUUUUAGUUCACAUGAUACAUAAAGAUAUACUCCAUGGAAGUGUCAAAAAUUAGCCUUAGAAAUUCAAAAAGUGAAGCACAAAUGUAGUGAACCUGGUCAGAAAGCCCUGUCCAAGUGUGAGAACAUCAGAACAGAAUCUGACAUUUUUGCAACAGGUUUUUAUAUAUGUUUUACUCAUAAUACCAGCCUUGCAUUAUAAAUGCAACAUCUUUAAAUACUAUAUUUUAUUAAAAACUCAUUGCUUUCUGUAUCAUUCAGGUCCGCUGACUAUGCAUUUCACAGGUUGGGAUUAAAACAAACAGAUAAUUCUUAUAGACGUAAUUUAACUCAGGAAUAACUAACUAACACUCCCCACAUAUAAUAUAAUGUUGACAAAGUUUUUAUUUUUAUUUUUUUUAGGUUGUUUAUUUUCUCAAAAACAGAAAAAUUAUGUUUAAAGAAGCAAUAGAUAUUAUAAAUUAGACUCACUGACAUUCCAUUCAACAUUCUAUUGUUAUGCUUCAACCAAAAUGGUCUCAUUGCUAUGUUAUGUUAGGUUCUCAGGUUUUUUUUUUUUUUUUCUGUGAGAAUGUGUAAAAUAACCUUGUUGUAAUGUGCUAUCCUGCAUUAAAAUGCCAGGCUGAUGUUUAA